CGGAGCGUCGUUCACUUCGAUCACGAUUUUGCCCUACUUCCACUAUAUAUACGCCCUCGUCUGGAACCGAAAGCACCAGUGUCUGCUUUGACUUUCCUCCAGCAAUAGCAAACAGCGUCAUGAAGUUCGUCAUCCUCGCAGCUUUGGCAGUGGUUGCCAUGGGCGCUCCCCAGUACGACUACGAACCCCCGAGGUCUUACGGUGGCUCCUCCUCCAGUGAGGAGAUCGCCAUCCUGAGGGACGACCGCGACAGAGACGACUACGGCAGGUACAGUCUCAACGUUGAGACGGCCAAUGGCAUCGUCCUUCAAGACGCCGGAUCCCCUGACGGACCCGAGGGAGCCGUUGUAGCCUCUGGAUCUUUCUCAUAUUCAACCAGCCCCCGCCCCGACGGCACCCCUGUUCGCCUCCAGUACGUAGCCGAUGAGAACGGCUUCCAGCCCCAGUCCGAUCUCCUUCCAGUGGCCCCUGACUUCCCCCACCCCAUCCCCCAGUUCGUCCUCGACCAGAUCGCCAAGGCUGCUGAGGAAGACUCUAGCGAGAGGAGGGUCUCUGCACCAUCAGGUUCUUACGGUGUUCCCCAGUAAGAAUCUCAACCGAUUCGAGUUUACCUGAUUCCUACCAUUCUGAAAAGAACAAGGAAACGAACGAGCGAAACUCUUUAUUUAUGUAUUUAUGGCUUUAUAUAAUAAACGCGACGUUUUCACUGAG